UGGCGAGCCGAACGGGAGGGAAAACUUUCGCGCGCGCGUCUCCACCGGGGCGCGCGCGAGAGAGCGCGAGGGCUUCCCGCUUUCUCCUCUGUGCGUGUAUUGUGGGAGUGCGCGCGCUCGCGCUCCCACAGAGCCACACACGCGACAGAUACGGUGCCUCUCUCAAGAGGCAGGGAGCGCUCUACGCGCGCGCGUGCGCCCUGCUGCUGCUGCUGCUGCCGGCGGUAGUGGCGGUGGCGGUUUCGCGGGCUCCUGGCUGGAGACUUCCAGAGCGUUAGAUGGGGCUGAGGCAGAGCGGCGCCCACUGAGGAGGAGGCGGCGGAGGGUGCGCGCGCGAGAGAGAGAGCGAGACGAGGCCAAGGCAGCCGACCGACCAACGUUCCAACCAACGAACCAACCAACCAACCAACGGCCGCCUCGCCGGGAAUGGCUGUGUGGAAGAAAAAAUGAUGUCUCACGUAUUAGCCUAAAAUCCUGAUGAAGACGUGUCUAAGCAGCAGCAAUGCAGCAAGUUUUGGACAACCUUACGGACUUGCCUCCAUCAGCAGGAGCUGAAGAAAUAGACCUUAUUUUCUUGAAAGGAAUUAUGGAGAAUCCUAUUGUAAGAUCGCUUGCUAAGGCUCAUGAACGACUGGAAGAUUCUAAGCUUGAGGCUGUCAGUGACAACAAUCUGGAAUUGGUAAAUGAGAUUCUUGAAGACAUCAGUCCAUUAAUAAACAAAGAUGAAAACAUUGCAGAGUUGGUUGGUAUACUGAAGGAGCCACACUUUUUGUCACUCUUGGAAGCCCAUGAUAUUGUGGCAUCAAAGUGUUAUGAAUCUCCUCCCUCUAGCCCAGAAAUCAAUAAUUCUUCAGUGAAUAAUCAGAUAGUGCCCGUGGAUGCCAUCCGUAUACUUGGCAUUCACAAAAGAGCAGGGGAGCCGCUGGGUGUGACAUUUAGGGUGGAGAAUAACGAUCUGGUAAUUGCAAGAAUCCUUCAUGGAGGGAUGAUAGAUCGACAAGGUCUUCUACAUGUGGGUGAUAUUAUUAAAGAGGUUAAUGGUCAUGAAGUUGGAAACAAUCCAAAAGAGUUGCAAGAACUUCUGAAAAGUAUUAGUGGAAGUGUCACUCUGAAGAUUCUUCCUAGCUACAGAGAUAAUAUUAUUCCCCAACAGGUAUUUGUUAAGUGUCACUUCGAUUAUAAUCCAUAUAACGACAACCUGAUUCCAUGCAAAGAAGCAGGGCUCAAGUUUUCUAAAGGAGAAAUUCUUCAAAUUGUGAAUCGUGAAGACCCAAACUGGUGGCAGGCUAGCCAUGUCAAAGAAGGAGGAAGUGCAGGACUUAUUCCUAGCCAGUUCUUGGAAGAAAAGAGGAAAGCAUUUGUUCGACGGGAUUGGGACAAUUCAGGUCCUUUUUGUGGAACAAUAAGUAGUAAAAAGAAGAAAAAGAUGAUGUAUCUCACAACUAGAAAUGCAGAAUUUGACCGCCAUGAAAUUCAGAUAUAUGAGGAAGUAGCCAAAAUGCCUCCAUUUCAAAGAAAGACAUUGGUGUUAAUAGGAGCCCAGGGAGUGGGCCGAAGAAGUUUGAAAAACAGGUUUAUUGUACUAAAUCCCACAAAGUUUGGAACCACAGUGCCAUUUACAUCACGAAAGCCAAGGGAUGAUGAAAAAGAUGGUCAAGCCUACAGGUUUGUGUCCCGAGUUGAAAUGGAGGCAGAUGUUAAAGCAGGAAGAUACCUGGAACAUGGAGAAUAUGAAGGAAACCUUUAUGGCACCAAAAUAGAUUCUAUCCUUGAAGUGGUUCAGACUGGAAGGACGUGCAUCUUGGAUGUAAAUCCACAGGCACUUAAAAUAUUGCGGACUUCAGAGUUUAUGCCCUACGUAGUGUUCAUUGCUGCUCCAGAACUUGAGACAUUGCGUGCCAUGCACAAAGCCGUGGUAGAUGCGGGGAUUACAACCAAACUUCUUACAGACACUGAUUUGAAGAAAACAGUUGAUGAGAGUGCACGGAUUCAGAGAGCUUACAGCCACUAUUUUGAUCUGAUCAUUGUGAACGACAAUCUAGACAAAGCCUUUGAAAAGUUGCAAACCGCUACAGAGAAGCUGAGGACGGAACCACAGUGGGUUCCAAUUAGCUGGGUAUACUGACAGUUCUUUUUGAAGACUGGUGUAAGCACCAAACUAGGCUUUCUGCACAUCAUAAACAUUAUACCGAUAACACAUUGUACAGAGGUGCCAGUCACUAACAGCACCUGAUGCAUUUGUAUUCUGUGUAUAUUUAGAUAAUGGUAUGCUAUUCCAAGUUUUUAUACAAUAUAUUGAAGGGAAAGUGUACUUAAUAUGUAAUUUAUUUUAAUUUUUCUAACUUUUUACAAAUCUUUCUAUUCAUACCACAUGAAGGAAAUGCGUUGAAGCAUUUUUAUAAAUGUUUUGAUUUACUACUUUGCCUUUUACUCAUCUAAGGAACAUUCACUUCUACAUCUGGUCUUACAUUUUCACUGUGAUAAGGAGAAAAAUACUUGAAAAAAUGUUGUUUUUUUGUAAAACUCUGUUUAAAUCAAGUGUUUUAUCUGGCUGGUUUUUUCUUAUUUAGAAGACGACACUAAUCCUUAUCCUAAUAAACAUGUAUCUCUCCUUGACGUGAUCAGAAUUUUCAAUACUUAAGCAACCAGCACUGAGCCAUGUUACUGACACCUUUUUGCUUAAUGUUUAUAGACAUGUUUUGCAGUUGUCUUGUCUUAGGCAGAUGUACUGUAGACUUCCCUGUAUAUCUUUUUACUGAAAGUAAAAGCAAUACCUUGAACUUUCCCUAGGAGGCUGCUCUGGUGAGCCAACAUUUCUACCCAUUAGAAACAAGUAUUACUGUCUGAGUUAUGUAAUGUGAUUCAUUGUGUUUGGGAUCAUGGUGAAAUAGCCUAAGAGAGCCUUACAACACAGAACCUUGCAGUGAGGCUCAGCAUGUAGGAUGUUUGUUCUCACUUGUGAAAAACCAUUGCUUUAAAAUAACAGAACCUGCUCCUUUACAAUGACUUUGCUCUGUAUUUCUAUAUUGUUCUGUGACGCGCUUUUAUUUUACGCCAGAAUAUUAUGAGUGAUUAUGUGUGUUAUGAAAUAUGACGUGAUGGGACUUCUGAGCUACAUGUUACCUUGUGUUAUUCACCAAAUAGCUUGUGAACCUAAAAUUAUUGUCAGUUCCUAAAAAUCAAUGUUAUUUAUAAGUGGGUUUAUUUAUGUUUUACAAUCAUGUUUCUUUUUCUUCCAGUGUUCAUAGUAACUCUUCUCUUUCGGCAAAAUUAAUUCAUCUACUAACUUAGGUUCAUAUUCACUUAAAUACUUUUGCUGAUGUAUAUUCUGUUUAAUGAAUAUAAAUGCAGAUUGUCACUUAGACAGACUAGUCUAGUGACCAUAGUUUAUAUUAUGCUUGCUGUUGUAAAUACGCCCAUUCAUCACUAACAUGCUAGGUGCCUGAAUUGGUUGUCAUCUGCCAUUUCAUUUAUUCUUUCCAUGUGAAGGCAGGCACUUGGCUUCAGAUUUUAUUUUCAAUACCAAAGUUCCAUACAUAGGAUGCCAACAAAGGAGAAGCUUGGAAAAGGCUGAGACAGUGCAAACAAGUUCUUAAAAUGUUUUAUAAUUUUUUUUGAUUGUGCACAAGAAAACAGGGUUUGGAUAGUUUUUACCUUAUACAGAGACACGAUGAGACACCAAAAAGGUAUUAUAUAUUUAAAACCUUUAAGGUAUUUUUUUAAAUACUUCAGUAUAUUUUGUAAAUGUUAUGCAGAUUAUUGCAUACCUUUGUCUUAAUUGCUGUUGCUACUUAAGAUUUUAGCUUUUAACAAUAUAACAUAUUUUUUAAGAACUUCUAUUAUGUUAAAUCUCUAGGCUACGUAUUUGGAAAAUGUAUUCAGCUGAGACUGUGGAAAGAUUAUAUUCCUGUGUGGUACCCAGAAUGACACUUUAAAAGAGUAUGUCUGCAGUUUUGAUGCUGUUGUAGGAUUAAAGGAUGAGGCACAAUGUGAUGAUUACUUUUGGUGGACAAAGCUGUGUUUAAAUGGAACCUUGCAAGAGGUCAGUGAAUCCUAACCUCAGAUGUUAACUCCUGCUCCUUUGUUUUCCAGUGCUUCAGUAGGUUUGGUGCAUCAUCUUUGGACCAGCUUGAGCAAAGGAAGCCUGGGCUUUGGGGCUCUUCUUGCUCAGAUUCCAAACAUGAACUAUUU